AUGAGCGUUAUUAUCAGGCUGCAAAAUCUGGCGUGGUCUGCGAAUGCACUGGACAUUCGUCAAUUCUUCCGCGGGCUCAGCAUUCCCGAAGGCGGCGUUCACAUUGUCGGCGGCGAAUUGGGCGAUGCUUUUAUUGCGUUCAGCACCGACGAAGAUGCGCGUCAAGCGAUGAUGCACGACGGCGGCAAAAUAAAGGAGAUGAAGAUAAAAUUACUCUUGAGUUCUCGAACAGAAAUGCAGAAAGUAAUCGAGACAGCUCGUCAGCAGACUCUGUCCUUGCAGUCGUUCAUGCAGAACUCAGUCCCAGUCCCAGGAGUCCCAGUAAUGAACCAGCACAUGCAGCCUCAGCACCAGCUCCAAAUCAAGCCUCCCCAAGAAGUCAAAAAAGAGGAAGAUUCCAAGGACCGUAAAGACCGCCGCGAUCGUUCCAGGUCCCGAGACCGGUCUCGCUCCCGCGACAGAGACCGCGGAAGGGACCGCAACCGGGAUCGCCGUCGCCGCGAUCGUUCCCGGUCCCGUGACCGCGAUCGCGACCGGCGAGACCGCGGAAGCAGGCGUCGCAGAGACAACUCAAGAUCGCGGGACCGCACCAGGUCCCGCGAUCGCGAUCGUGACCGCGACAGCAAGCGCUACAGCGACCGCAGGAACAAGGACUCCCAGCAGGAUAACGACGACACCAGUGACGUCGUCUGCGUGGGCCAGUUCUCCAAGGACAAGGCCAUGCUUGGUAAAAACUCCAAGAGACAGCACCCGACCAUCGAGAACGGCAUCUGGGAAGUUCCUCCCCAAACCCAGAUGCAGAUGAUGCUCGCGCCUGGAAUUCUCGGCGCUGGAAUUGCGGCGAUUCCUCAUCAAGAUUCCGAGUCCCGGGCACUGGGAUUCCCCGCUGUUCCCGGAGUUUGUCCGCCUCCGCUCAUGCCCGGACAAUUUCCUCUUAACAAUGGUCUCAAUCUUAACAUGCCUGGCAUUAAUAAUUCUAAUAUUGCGGCGAUUAAUCGCGAAAGACACUCCUGGCCAGGAAAUCCUUCACCUGGAGGCAACGAAUUGCCUCGUCUUAAUGAAAUGAGAUUCCCGCCACGUCCACCGGGUAAUUUUGGCUCUGAAAAUUUCAGUAACAGUAGUAAUAACACUGCUAAUAAUUCUAAUAAUCCUAAUAAUAAUAAUAAUAAUAAUAACAACAAUAAUUCUAAUCCUAGUUCUAAUAAUAACCCUAGGGACUAUAAUAAUAGCAAUAAUUAUAGAAAUAACCUUAGAAAUAACAGCGCCAACCUUUCCUUGAUGACCAAAAUGCAGGAACUAGACGGACGGCGUAACCCCCACGCUUUCCAAUCCUCUAACUACAGCGACCCCUACCCUUCGGAACGCGAUCGUUCCAACCUCGGGAACAAUGGAAGAUUUGACGGCAAAGGGGGGAACUGCAUUGAAGUAAGGAACAUGCCGCUAAACGCGUCUUACAGCGACAUCCGUCACGCGUUCCAGGGUAUUUUUAUCCGAAAAGACGGGCUCAAGCUGAUAAACGACACUCACGGGAACAGAGUCGGCAUAGCUUAUAUAAAGUUCAGCAAGCCGGAGGGCAAAGAGCUAGCGAUGAACACUCCGAGGUUCAUAAGAGGCUCUGAAGUGGAAAUCUGCUCGCUUGAUGAGAGUAUUUUUGACAAGGCCGUCGACUCUUAUAACCCUGAGCGCGACGGGCCUAGUAAUAAUAGCAGUAAUAAUUUGAUCAAUAGUAGUAGUAGUAGUAAUAUUAAUAUUAACAAUAACAGUAAUAGCAGUGUUGAAGACUUACCACCAGAUACUCAAAACUCCUCGUGUGUUUUUAUAAAUGAACUGCCGUCCUUCGCCAAAGAAAUGGACAUCGCUAAAAUGUUCCAAGACUGGAAGAUUAAUGACUUGUUUAUAACUUCUUCCACGGCGUUAUUGUCCACGUCGUCUAAGAGCGAUUCUGUCCAGGUUGGAGCCUUCGUACAGUUCUCUAGAGUCGAGGAUGCUAAAGCUGCGCUGGCUUCGUCGCUUAAAAUCGGGCCGAUUCCCAUCACUGCGAUUAGUAUUCCAGAGGAUAAGUUUGUUAAAGCGAAGAGGAUCCACGAGCAAGAAACUCUUAGCAAUAAUAGUUCUAAUACAGACAGCGGCAACACUCCGGAUUGUAUUAUCAUUCGUGGGCUUCCGUUCCAGACCGGAGAUCGGGAUAUUUUGGAUUUCUUCUCGGACAUUGGAAUAGUUCCUAGGAGGAUCCACAUGAUGGUGAACAAGCACGGGACACCUAUGGGCGAGUGCUUCUGCGAGUUCGACGCGCCCGAGGAGGCGAUUAGAGCCCUAGCUAAGAAUGGUCUUCCCCUGGGGAAGAGUUUCCCGACUGUGGAGUUGGUUUCAAGACACAAGAUGCUGGACACUUUGGGGAACCCUGAGUCUUCUGGCGCGUCGGGACAGUGGAUGGACCCCCAGCAGAAUUUCCCUUUCAGCAUGCAUGACUCUGGGUCUAGACCAAGAGGGCCCCAGAUGAUGAACUACCACUCGCCCAGGUUCAAUAAUGGGUUCGGUAUGCGAGGACUUCCUCCUCCUCCACCUCCUCCUCCCGGGAUCAUCAACAUGUCGCUCAGACCCCUUGUUCCUGGACUCACCAGCGGCUCCGGGUCUAAUUCAGGGAACAGUUCCGGGAACAGGCUACCGGCCAUGGACUAUGUUGAAGGUUUCGGAAAACCUGGAUGUGUUCUCAGCUUGGAGAAUGUUCCUUUCAAGGCGGAUAUCAAUGAGAUUAUUGAAUUCUUUGGAGACUUUGAUAUUAAGCGCGAGCAUGUCAUCAGGCGCUACAACGAACGCGGAAUGCCCACUGGAGACGCCAGGGUCGCUUUUUCUUCACCCAGUGAAGCUCAACGCGCUCUUAGAGAACUGAGGAAUUGCAAAGUUCGCGAUAGGACUAUCUACAUGAAGCUGGCGUAA